GUUUUGUUUCCACCAACCAGCACCAGUUUAACUUUGUUGAUUCACGAAUGUCAUUCUCAACUUUGACACUGAAAGCUGAAGGGUUCAUAUUCCAUAGUACUGACCUUUUAACCCAUUUAGAAAUUAGAACUUGAGUCGUGUUAUUUUUGUUUACUGUUGAACCUUUCCCUUUGAACCCUUAUCUCGAAAAUAGUGGGAGGUAAACUGGACUUAUAUCAGUGUAUUUAUUCUGAGUUCGACCCUUUAUUCUGUGUAAAAUUAUAUCUUCUCAAUUUAACAGUUUUUAGUAGGUUUUCUAGUUAGAAGUUUUUUAGAGUUUCAUAGUGAAUUAGUGGCACGUUUUAUACAAAAAAGAAUUAGAAAAUAUUCUACCUCACUUUAAAGAUGACGUCUCUUACUAAAGGAAUAUUUAUUGUAGCAGCUAAACGUACUCCUUUCGGGACAUACGGUGGGAAAUUUGUUAAGACAAGUGCCCUAGAACUACAGGAAGUUGCAGCAAAAUCGGCUCUCACCUCUGCCAAUAUAAAACCGGAAAUUGUGGACUCUGUGGUGAUAGGCAAUGUGCUGGCUAAUACCUCUUCAGACUCCAUCUUUCUUCCUCGUCAUCUUCUCCUACGGUGUGGGAUCAGUUUAGACAAGCCUGCCCUAGGAGUGAACAGACUUUGUGGUUCUGGCUUCCAAGCUGUAGUCAAUGGUGCUCAGAACAUUCUCUGUGGAGACUCGCAAGUAGUGUUGACAGGUGGGGUGGAUAACAUGAGCCAGGCGCCCCACGCUGUUCGGAACAUCAGGUUUGGUGUGCCUCUUGGUUCUACUCCUGAAUUGGAGGACACACUGUGGGUGGGGCUGACCGACACCUACUGCAAGCUGCCGAUGGCUCUCACUGCAGAAAAGCUUGCUUCUCAGUACAAGAUAUCUCGCGGAGAGGUUGACCAGUUUGCACUUAGAUCACAGACACUGUGGAAGAAAGCUCAUGAUGCUGGGGUAUUCAAGGCUGAACUGGCCCCAGUGACAGUGGUCCAGAAGAAGAAGGAAGUUGUUGUGGAUGUUGACGAGCAUCCAAAGCCUCAGACCACUCUUGAGGUGCUUGGCAAACUCCCAUUGGUCUUCAAGAAAGAUGGUGUUGUGACAGCGGGUUCUGCUUCAGGCAUCUGUGACGGUGCGGGAGCAGUGGUGUUGGCGAGUGAGGAGGCCUGCAAACAGCAUGGACUGACACCACUGGCUAGACUUGUGGGCUACUCAGUGGUAGGAGUUGAGCCGAGCAUCAUGGGUAUUGGACCGGCCCCCGCCAUUCAGAACCUGCUCAAGGCGGCUGGCAAAUCACUCAAUGAUAUUGACUUAGUUGAGAUCAAUGAGGCAUUUGGUGCCCAAACUUUGGCAUGCCAGAAGGAGUUAAAGCUGGACAUUGAGAAGCUUAAUUUAAAUGGAGGAGCCAUUGCUCUAGGGCACCCUCUCGCAGCCUCUGGGGCCAGGAUCACGGGUCAUCUCGUUCAUGAGCUCAGGAGACGUAAGGCCAAGCUUGGGAUUGGCUCUGCUUGUAUUGGAGGAGGUCAAGGAAUCGCACUCCUCCUCGAGUCUGUCUGAACGUUACAGUUGAUUAAUACUGCACAAGACUGAACCUCUACAACAUAGCUUAUAAGAAGGUUAUUGUUAUUUAUAUUGUUGCAGAGUAUUAUGUUUAAGGUAACAAGCACUGUUCAAAAUAUUGAUUUACAAGAGAAACCUUUUUUAUGAGAAUUAAUGUGUAAUAUCAAUGGUCAAUAAAAUUUAAAAAGUGCACUUCAUUUUUUGUGCACUUUAAAGAAAAGAUAAAGCAAUUUUCAUCAAUUAAACAUCUUUGAAUUAAAAAUUAAUCUUAAUAACUGUUUGUUAUAAAUAUAUAGGCCUGAUAAAUUUUUUAUAUAUUUUAAAAGAGUUGAAUGUAUUUUAAUAUUUUAAAAUGAUUGUAUACUCUUUAACGACAUUUCAUUUUAUACAUGUUUUAUUCUGUUACAGUUACAUUUUUCUGUAUAUUGUAUGAUUACAUUCAUAAACAUAGUUCAAAGAAAUCAAAACUGAGCAUAAGGAUAUUAUGAUGAUGUCUAUGGUAUUUUCUCAAUUCAAUAUAAUUUAACUUUAAAUGGGUAUAUGAUAGAUUAAUAUUGUAUUGUUUAAUUAUUUGAUAUAUAAUAUUUUUAUACAGUUGUUUUAUUUUAAGUUUUAUUAUUAAAUUAUUAUAACAAUCUAUAUAUUUAACAAACUUGGUUUAAAUUAUGUAAAUGUAAUAAAUAUUUUUAUAUUACUUUUUUACAAUAUACUUGUACUAUUUAUCCUCCAUUGUAAGAGAAACUGAUGCAAUGCAUGUUGUCAGUAACAAAAUUGUGAACCAUUUUUGACAUAUUUACAAAAGUUUAUUAUAUUAUCUAAUGAAUAGUGCAAAAAAUAAAAUAUAUUUUGAUUA